AUGCAUAACUAAAUUAAGACUAAGUAAAAUCUUGAUAGAUAGAGUAAGUCAUAAUAUUGACUUAGAUUUAUAUUUUGCAGAUAACAAAAUCACUUUAGCUUUUUGUUAAUAUGAAAGGAUAAGACCAUUUGGAUUAAAAUAAAAUAUUGAAUUUGAUAGUGACUACUCUGAUCCUCCAACGAAAAUGAUUGAUAUCACAAAACUACCAAAUGGAUAAUUCAAAGAUAGAAGUAACUUAAAAGUUAUAAAAAGGAUACAUGCAUAAUGAUGAAUCAUUUUUUGUAAAAAUGGGUGGAAAGAAUAGAGAAUUAAUAGCAUAGAAAAUUAGAUCUAGAUUAGAAAGUAGAUAGAGUCCAAUGACAUAUAGGGGUAAUUAAUUAUUAUUUUAUGAUUCAAGCUAGAAAGUCCUAUUUUUGAUUAAUAGAUGAUAAAAAAAGCUAUAAAAUGUCAAUAACUAAAAUAAUCAAAUUCUGCUAGGUUUUUUCGAGUAUAAACUCCAAAGUUGUCUCCAAUUAGUAGGAUUGAAGUAAGACCAAUUAGUGGGGAAGUUAAAGAUGAUAAAAAUAUACCAUAGUUUAGUUCAGCACAAUAAAAACUUUUUAGAAUACUACUCAAGAAAUGA